AUGAUUCGGCUUUUUCGGCACCGUCUUCUUCGGUGGCUUCUCCUGGUCCCCUUCCCCUUUUUGAGACGCCCUCCCCCCUCUCUUUUCUCCCGGGAAGGAGCCGCUCUCUUCCUCCGGCCAAGAACAAGCUCGCCUCCGCCCCGCGAUUUCAGGUGUAUGUACCACAUAAAAAAGGUAUAAAGAAGAGGUGCAACAUGCGGCGCUGGCUGUGCUGUUCUUGUCAAGUGGACGAGCCUUAUGAUGCCCACGAGAAUGAAUACCUGAAAAACUCAACAGAUCAUACAGAUGGAAUGCAAAAAGGUUCAAAGCUUUCUGCUGUUGCCAAAAGCGAAACCCAAAAAGCACCACCUCCCAUUGAAGUGCCUGCAUUGUCAUUAGAUGAGCUGAAAGAAAAGACUGAAAAUUUUGGAUCAAAGUUUUUGGUCGGGGAAGGGUCCUAUGGAAGAGUAUAUCUUGCAAUCUUGAACAAUGGCAAACAAGUGGCAUUAAAAAAACUUGAUGUUUCAUCAGAGCCUGAGUCCAACAAUGAAUUCUUGACCCAGGUCUCAAUGGUAUCAAAACUGAAGCAUGAAAAUGUGCUUGAAAUGGUUGGGUAUUGUGUGCAAGGAAAUCUUCGUUUGUUGGCCUAUGAAUAUGCAACCAUGGGUUCACUUCAUGAUGUUUUGCAUGGUAGAAAAGGAGUGCAGGGUGCUCAACCUGGUCCUGUUCUUGACUGGAUGCAACGGGUGAGAAUUGCUAUUGAUGCAGCAAAGGGGCUCGACUAUCUUCAUGAGAAGGUUCAGCCUUCAAUAAUACAUCGUGAUAUCAGAUCAAGCAAUGUCCUUUUAUUUGAGGACUUCAGAGCAAAAAUUGCAGAUUUUAAUCUUUCAAAUCAGGCUCCUGAUAUGGCUGCUCGUCUUCAUUCUACUCGUGUCUUGGGGACCUUCGGUUAUCAUGCACCAGAGUAUGCUAUGACCGGCCAGCUAACCCAGAAAAGUGACGUAUAUAGCUUUGGCGUAGUUCUUCUGGAGCUUCUGACUGGCAGGAAACCAGUGGAUCAUACGAUGCCUAGAGGGCAGCAGAGUCUGGUUACUUGGGCAACUCCAAGAUUGAGUGAGGACAAGGUCAAACAAUGUGUGGAUCCAAGGUUGAAGGGAGAGUAUCCACCAAAAGGAGUCGCUAAGCUUGCAGCAGUGGCAGCUCUGUGCGUGCAGUAUGAAGCUGAGUUUAGGCCCAAUAUGAGCAUUGUGGUCAAGGCACUCUCUCCCCUUCUCGUAAAUAAGCAGGCUCCACCUGCUGCUGCUCCUUCCCCAGCUCUUGGGACUUGAGUCCUGAAAUGAAAUGUUGCAUUAAAAAUUUGGCAUGCUUUUGUGGGUGCAUCUUACUUCCUCCAGGAGACUCUUUUGAUAUAUCGCACUCAUCGAAUCAAGAGCCAGAAUUGGUCUUGCCAUGACUCUGCAGGUUGUCAUGCUGCUUGUUUGUUCAGAGAGUUUUUUUUUCCAGCGAGAAGCAAUGGACCAUUCUUCAUGUCAUCCUUGUCAGCAGGGAUCUAUGUUGUAUAUUUGUUGAGUAUUUCCGUUGUUGUUUCUAACUUUCAGCUGUCCUGUGAGAUAAUAUGGGAUGGAUUGUUAUCAAUGCUGUAGUGUCUCCCAUGUCCUGCACGUAAGAUCUAAAUUAAACGUUUCAUCUUCUGUCAACUGUUUUCCA